AGCUGGCGGCCGGCUCGAGACGUAAGCCAGCGUUUGGGAAAACUUGAGCUGGGAACAGGGAGCGUGGGAUCCAUGUGUCGUUUCUGCUUUCAUUCGUUUCAGUCGUUUCGGCAUGCUAUUCAAGUCGCUCUUCGGCUUCAGCGCACAUGACACGCAAGACACUCACUUCACACACGACAUUCGCUUCAAGCUCUUGCAUGACCUCGCUGGCUUCUCACACGCACCUACUUUCUACACAUUACCGGCUUCCCAACGACACUCGCUUCAUACUCGACAACCGUUCGCGGGCCACAGGUCCCCAGGGGAAGUCUGAGUACGCUACACACCCGUCGGUCACUCAUUCACCCUCACGACACUCGUUAAACACAGGCGAUCUUUACAUACAACACUUGCAUUAUCCGGCGUUGCUUGCAACUGGGAUACAGUCAUCUUGUCUUCUUUGGUACAGAGAACAUGGCGUCAUGGUUGAUCUUGGUUCUAGUUCUCUCAUGGCUUGGGACACUCGCAUUUGAAAACAGAUACGUCGCAGUCGCUCUCUUUACCAUCUUUCGGUCCCGCUGUCACAAUUUUGCUACCAUUCUCUUCUCAGCAUACUUACUGCUCGACUCUUUUCUCGCUGGCCGGUCACUCAUUCAACACCAGACCUGUUCACUUUAAGUCACUCUUUCAGCCACUUUCAGUC